UCACCCAGUCAGUUCCACACACACACACACACACACACACACACAGUCGGACCGCCGUGCGCUCUGACGCGCAGCAACUCGUCGUCGGAGCAGCGAGAGCGCGCAGCGGCACCUCAUCACGCACACUCCGCGCCAGCUGGGCGACAUUUUCACCUGUGCGCUGCCGGGACGCGUUCACGAGGAUACCCGUCCGUCUGCGGGACACUUCAGACACGACCCUCUGGUCGGAGCCCCUGCGUCUGUCCUGUGAGCCAAACAAGUUUCUCGUCCCGUUAACAUAUAUAUAUAUAUAUAUAUAUAUAUAUUUUAUUUUUUGUUUGGUUGCCUUGUGGCGCGAGUGAGAUUCCACGCAGAGGCUGCGGCUGCCGGUGUGCACUUCGUUUCUCUCCCGGAGAGGCUGCGCGCCGGGUUCCACGAGGAGGACCGGAGUCCAACCAUGGCGAGACGCGACGCCCGAAACUGGCGUGACUGCACAAAACUGGUCGGGCUGCUCUGCCUGGCCGCGUCGAUGCUCACAGAACACGGAGCGGCAGGUCAGCGAGUGAAGGUGGAGCCAGAGGUCUUGUCGUAUCCUGGCCAGACAGUGAACCUGCGCUGUGCCUUCACUGAUGCUACUGGCAUUCAGCUGACAAUGGCCUUGUGGCUGUACGAGACGAAGGACGGAGAUAGGAUCAACAUCGCUGUAUUUCAUCCCAAAUAUGAGCCCAACUACCCUGACUCGCCUCUGAAGGGCAGGGUCAGCUUCUCGCCCAGCCCCCCAAACCUGGCCAGCCCUUCCAUCCAGAUUAGCGACGUGAGGAUGACCGAUGAGGGGAAGUACAUCUGCGAUUAUGCUACCUACCCAAUCGGCAACGAGCAGGGCUUCACCCAACUUGUCAUGCUGGCUAAGCCUCAGAACGCUGCUUCCAUUGUAACAGUGGAGGCGGGCACUAAGCCGGUCGUGGUGGCACGCUGCGAGUCCGUAGAUGGCCGCCCCCCUUCGCAGAUAUCCUGGGUGACCGCAGCCAAUGGCAAUGGCACAACAGUGUCGAAGCCGGGCAAAGACAACACCGUGACAGUUACCAGCGAGUACCGCAUGGUUCCCACAGCAGCAGACAACGGGAAAGACCUCAGUUGUGUGGUUUCGCACAGGACCCAAGUCAAACCUGAAAGCUUCCCAUUGAAGCUUGCAGUUCAAUACGCCCCUCAGGUGACUAUAGUGGGUUAUGACAAUAAUUGGUACGUUGGUCGCACAAAUGUGAUGCUCACCUGCCAAGCAACUGGAAACCCUGUCCCGAUCUCUGUCCAGUGGAAGACAAUGUCAGGAGAGCUGCCAGACACGGUGCAGAUCACAGGCAACGAGCUGAAGGUGCUGAAGGUGGACGAGGCUGUCAACACCACUUUUGUCUGUGAGGUCAAGAACCGCAUAGGGACCAGCAAGGAUCAGGUCACAGCCAUUGUCAGAGAGCCCUCAGAGAACCCAUCCAAUGCCGGCGUGGUGGCGGGAGCUGUGAUUGGCUCCCUGCUGGCCCUCCUUUUGGUCGCUGCUCUCAUUGCCGUGCUCGUGACCCGUAGCCGCAGGCAACAGCAAGGUUACCGCGCCAAUGGCGGCAGUGACAUGAAGACGCGCAUAUUUGGCGGUGGCAAGAAGGCCAGCAAGAAUGGCACAAGUGGAGGUGCAGGGAGCGGCGGAGUCGGAGGCGGUAACAACAACGGGCCCAUCUAUGUUUACAACGAAAGCUCAUCCCACCACGGCCUCGGAGAGAAAAACAACCACCACCAGCCGCUCACCAUGGGAAGUCGGCCUGACGUUGUCACCACUGCACCCAGCGCCCAAGACAUCCUGUUAAGCAGCGAAUUAGACGACGCAGAGAGGAGGAAGUUCGAUGAGCUGGAGGAGGACGAGCGGUAUGACCACUUCACUGGAGGCGCCCCCAUCCUUCAGCUUCGCCCACACAAUGACCAGGAGGAUAUGAUUGGAGAUUACCUGGAUGAUGACAUGGAGUCCCAGCGUGAUGGCUCCGUCAUCUCACGGACUGCAGUUUAUGUAUAGAGGAGGAGAAGAUGGAAAGAGGAGGAAAAAAAAGAGAAUUGGAGGAUCCCUCCCGAGGAUUUUGUGGUUUCAGGAUACCUGCUAGAAAAGAGAAGAUGAUACCAUUUUAUUUUUGACAAUUUGAUUUUAAAUAUAGCCUAUUAUUAAACACAGUGCAGCCCCAAAACUGACUGAAUGAACAUAAGGGUGUGGUGGGAUAUUGUGAAAGGAGUUUUUUUUGGUCCCUAAGAUCUGAAAAUCAAACAGAAAAGAAACGACCUGUCUCCCACCACUUCUGCUCAUGCUAUCACUUAUCACUGGGACCUUGACAAGAACUCUUGACAGACCAAAAGAGGAAAACUAUGUAAUGUAGGAGGAAGAUAAUAGAAUCAUGAUACAAGCUUGGCUGUAGAGGAGGCAUCGCACAUGCAUAUUCACUCUUAUCUUCACCAAAACCUUAGAAGGGGCUGUCAGGAAGUUCCGUUUUGUUUCCUCCUGUGGGAAACCUUUUGUUUUGGUAAUGCGUUGUGCUGUGACAGCUGGUGGGUAGUUACUACCUAGUGAUGGGUUGGGGGGAGAAACAUCCAAAGGUAUAGACAGUAACCAUCAGGUGAUUUAGAGAAGAGAAAGAUGUAUUUUUCUCACGUCUGCUGACUCCUCUCCACUCUCUCUGCCUUCUUCGCAAAACACCUCAACUAUCAGUCACAGUAGACACUUGAAUUUACGAAAUUUGAAAAGACUAUUUGGUCCGUAUUUGCUGCAGAAAAUGCAAGAGUAGCCGAGUUUAACAAAGUUUGCAGAGUUUGAAGCAUGUUCUUAAUGAGGAGGUCGCAUGCAAACUUUUGUUCCUCGCCUGGAGGUAAGACACGGUAAACAGGAACUGAGGGAAUGAGAUGUAGCCAAUGUGACAGGGUCAAGGGAGGAGGAGAGGAAUGCAGGAGACAGGAGGACUGGAGAGGAGCAUGUCUUUUCUUCUCUCUUCCUCCUCAUCCCCGUCUCUUCAGAGCACUCCUGACAGGAGGAGCCUGAUUGGUAAUGAGCCGUGAAGUCACUCGCUUAGCCGGGGCCAACAGAUUGCCAUCGUUUAUGACGUGGCGAUUUCUCCCCCCGCCCACCGCCAUCUCUCUAUCGUCCCUCCAUCUCUCCCUCUCCCCCUACUCAUCCCCCCCUCCCAGUGUUUAUGGGGAGUUUAUGAUUUAUCCAGGGCGGUGUCGAGGUCAGGGCCACGGAGACCAGGGGAGUAUUUCACUGCUCCUGAUGUGUCAAACGCCCCACUUACUCUAUUCCUGGCCAGCCUGCCCUGACAUGCCAGGACUGGCUAAUCCACCUGGAGUGGCCCCCACUUCUCCAUGCAGACUCGACCACCUCCUCCCAUACAGUACUCGAGUAAAUGGACAGUUGUAACAGAACCCCGACUCCGAUGUGUGGCCGCGCUAGGUUAGAUCGAUUUUCAAUGAGAUCACGUAAUAUUCCUUUCCAUUUUAGGAUGUUGUUAAAUGCUGCGAAUUGAUUGGGAAACAUAAAAGGUUGCAUCCACGGCAAAGCUAUGGGAGUCAUAUUGACUAAUGAGCAACAAGCAGUAACACAGCCCUUUAUGAUGCAGCUUCAGGGCUGAUUGUCCCCUGACUGUUAAUUUAUCCUUCUAACAAGCCACCUGAGGCCGACUUAAAGAAAUAUAUUGUUCCAUGCUGUACACCGCUGUCUUUGAGGCAUGUGUCACUGUAUUUACGCAGCCACUGGAUGACUGUGCUGGACAAUCUUGGAGAGAAUCUCUUUUGUAGCUUCUCCAAUCAUGCUUUUCCCAGACUUCUAAUCAACUCCCCCUUGACUCACCGGGAAUCUGGGGAGCGUGGUCUAGAGAUGACUGUGCUGACCUCUUGGAAGGCCCAGCGAAGAUCUGGGUUGCAGUCCGCUGCAGGUCGUGAGGUCAAAUGCAGGGUGACCCAUUGCCAAGGGCAAGGAUGACUGCACUUACCCGCUUUUCUUAUCAUGGCAGUUUUUACCCUUGAACUUUAGAUGUGAGACACACUCACAUAAAAGUGUGUGUGUGUGUAGAGUUUUUCUGUCAGGACAAUGUUUGCCAUUGUGAUGGCUGUUAACCUUUUCGAGAGGUGGAGGGAGAAUAGGAGAGCGACACAGGAGGCAGAUGACAAAAAUAGAGGCAGUGUUUAGUGUUUGACCAACGUCUGGCAUAUUGUAAGCCGGUGUGUUCAAUAGCAUUAUUGUCUAUUGGCCUUAGUUCAUAUAUAAAUGCAACUCCUGUCAAACUGGGGUACCGUCAAUUUUACCGAACGCAGCUGAUUUGUCACAACCACUCUAAAUAAAAAGCAUUACUUAUUUUUGCACUUGUGUGUCACGACUACAAAGAGUGUAAUGAGUGUCAUACUAGCUUCGUGGGGUAAAAAAAAAAAAAAAAGCGACAAGGGACAAAACUACUGUAUGUACAUUUUGGUGUCAGGUAUCUGUGUACAAUAUAUGUAAGCAUUUUUAUUUUUCUCGUGAAAAUGUGGAUAUUUAUGAAAAUGUAAAUAUCAGAUCAGUGGAGCAAGUUUUGUGGAAGUGGAGAUGAAGGAGCUCUGGGUUGAACUUAACCCUCGAGUCCCAAUGUCUGAGGGCAUUCAGAAUGUAAUUUCUAAUCUCAGUAGUUUGGGUGUUUCAACAUACUAAACUGACUGAGCUUAGUCUACCUAAAGCCUACAAGUUUAAAAUUAUAUAUGCUUGUAUAAUUUUUGGUUCCAGUUGGCAUUGCCUGCAUUUCUACAUAAUAAGCACAGUGUUUUUUAGGUUUUUUUUGAGCUCAAUUGGCUUCUCCUUCUCUGUGACAGCUGCUCUGCACAAUGCAAAAAGACACACAAUACUCAUAAUUUAUCAGGUUGACCAUAACCACGCAAGAGAUUGUCUGUUUGUUUGCUCUGUGUGUGUAUAUAGGUGUCAGUGUGUAUUGCCGUGAUGCUCUGGGGCUUUGGGACAGUUCUCUCUGCCAUUGGGGCUAUAACCUGAGUAGCCACCUUUUGUCACCAUGGAGAGCUGGCAAACUGGACAUAUUGUGCAUUUCGAAGACACACACACACACACACACACACACACACACACACACACACACACACACACACACUGUACAUAUACAUACACAGAAUGCAGAGAAACAUUCGCCCACACACAAACACCCCUCAGUCACUCUCAUUAUGCUCACUCCCACAGCCAAACUGUGCAGAAGACACCUCGUACCUGACAACUCUGCCAUCUCCUGACACAAGCCCACACAAAUAUGCUUGCAUAGCUGCACACACACACACGCGGAAACUUUUCUCUCCUUGCUCAGUGGCUCCGUCAGGACAAAUAACGUGUCCUGUUAGAGUGCAAAGAGUCGCAGCAUGAUGUGUCCCCUGCUCCACUGCUUUCCAUCCCCCAAAUUAUCCAACCGGUUCCCAAAUCAAUGACCACUUUGAACAAAGACAACUGCACAUUCAGGGACGCACAACUCUCACCUAGUGUCAGAGAAACUGACUUUUUAGGGAACCGUUUGUCCGUCCCACUUUUGUUCUACACCCAAGAUAUAGCGCCUUUGUGCCGACCUCCUCCUCCCCCCUGCAGGAUGCCUUUGAAUGCUUUCAGACCGCCACAUCUUCCUACUCGUCUCCCGUUUUAGUGUUUUCGACUUUUCUCACCGCCACCUGCAACACCUCCACCACCUCCACAGACGCACCCUCUUGCCACGACUUCUGCUCCCAAAGUAAGGCUUGUCAGACAAAAUGCCUUUAAAGAAAUCCUGGUUUCGGUCUAGCACGAAGGCUAGAUAGUCAAAAUGCCCAACAUUUUUCUUUUCCACAUACUGUUGCUAUUUCUUUCGCUCCACACAUCUGAUGACUAAUCAAAGCCUUAACAUCUCCCAUCUCACUCAUGAAGGAAAAAAAACAACCUAUCUGUGUACAUAGUAUAAAUAUAUAAAUAUGUACUAGAGGAAAAAUUACUAAUUUAUGGUGUCACGUUUGUGUAUUUCUCAGUGACAGCAAGCAUGAAGAAUUUAUUUUCUCCUAUUACAGUUUCACCUCUUUUCUGUUAUUUUGCAGUGCUUUAUAAUUUAUGUCUUCUGAGUGCUUUAUUCAUGACUGCUGCGCUGUGAUUGCUGCCAAAACUGGCAAAUGUGCUUCUUCUAUACAAAUGAACUGUACACACAUCUACACAGUCUUGCCCCAAAAUGUGCUUUUUAUUAUGUAGUGUAAAAGUUGUUUUAUUUUCUUCUUUUUGUAUUUUUUAAUUUCAAAUCUAUUUUGUUCUUUAAAAAAGACAGAAUUUCAAAUUGUUGUCACUAUUUUGUGUCAAGUCUUUCUAUAUUUUUUCGUAUUUGGUUGCUAUUAAAGAUUUCUGGAUUUUUGAAAUGUC